AUGGCCUGGAGCAACCACAGCACCGCCGUCACAGAGUUCACUCUUACCGGACUCUCCGACGACCCCCUGAUCGCGGCUCUCCUCUUCGUGCUGUUCCUGGGGGUUUACCUUCUAACCAUGACCGGGAACCUGCUGCUGCUGCUGGUGAUCAGGGCUGACUCCCGCCUCCACACUCCCAUGUAUUUCUUCUUAAGCAACCUGUCCUUCGUGGAUCUCUGCUUCUCAAGCGUCACGGUACCGAAGCUGCUGAAGGACCUCCUGUGCGCGAAGAAAAGCAUCUCCGUCGAGGGCUGCCUGGCUCAGGUCUUCUUCGUGUUUUUUUCGUCUGGGACUGAAGCCUGCUUGCUCUCGGUCAUGGCUUAUGACCGCUAUGCUGCCAUCUGCCACCCAUUGCUCUACGGCCAGGUGAUGAGGAACGAGCUGUGCGUGAGGCUUGUGUUGCUCUCAUGGGGCGUGGCCUCUCUCAACACAACGGUCAUUGUGCUCUUGGCUGUGAACCUGGACUUCUGUGAGGCUCAAACCAUUCACCAUUACACCUGUGAGCUGCCUGCCCUUUUCCCCCUGUCCUGUUCGGAUAUCUCCAUCGCUGUCUAUGUUCUGCUUUGCUCCAGCUUACUGCAUGGACUGGGAACCUUUACCCUAAUCUUCUUCUCCUACGCCCGCAUUAUCUCCACCAUCUUGAGCAUCAGCUCCACCACCGGGAGGAGCAAAGCCUUCUCUACUUGCUCCUCCCACCUCGCUGCAGUAACCUUGUUCUUUGGGUCCGGAUUUCUUUGCUACCUCAUGCCCCCUUCUGGCUCUUCCCUCGAUUUGCUCCUGUCUUUGCAGUAUAGUACGGUCACGCCCAUGUUGAACCCCCUCAUCUACAGCCUGAAAAACAAGGAGGUGAAGGCGGCUGUGAGUAGGGCUCUGAGAAAAUAUCUGCUUUAG